AUGGCAGGCCAAGAUACGUUGGUUGGCCAGACGGUAUGUAUCGCAGGCGGAUCUCGAGGUCUGGGCAGAAUCAUGGCGGUAGAGGUUGCGAAAAAAGGGGCUAGCGUCGUCAUUCUUGCUCGGAACCCGAAGCCCCUCCAGGAGGCCAAGGAAGAAAUCGUGGCCGCCCGUCUAUCAGAGGAUCAGACUGUUCACACCAUUUCUGUGGAUCUUAGCGAUCACGCUGCUCUGAGAAAUGCCAUGUCGGAGCACAAUGCCACGCCAGACUUGCUAAUCUGCAGCGUUGGUGGCACUACUCCAGAUCAAAUAGGCUUCCUUGCAGACCUUGCACCGGAAUCGCUCGCGACCUGCUUUUCGUCUAAUUAUCAUGCUUCCCUCUUCAUCACACAGUGGUGUGUGCAGCGUUGGGUUCAACAGCCGGAUCCAAGUCGCACCAGACGCUUGGUAUAUAUCGCUUCCGGCGCUGCUUUUGUUGCUCUCCCAGGCUACACCGCUUAUACACCACCAAAGACUGCCGUGCGAGCAUUAGCAGACACGCUCCGCCAAGAGCUACUCCUAUACGGUGACGAGAGCAUGUAUCGUGUGCACAUUGCCUUUCCGGGGGCCUUCAUCACGGAUUCGUUCAUGCUGGAGCAGGCGACGAAACCAGAGCUCCUCAAGAACAUGGAAGGUUCAAACUACUCGGACACGGAGGAACUGCUUAAAAGCAUACAGAGUGCCGAGGACAUAGCCGCAAAGAUCUUCAGGGGUAUCAGGAAGGGGCGGUACAUCAUCACAACGGACAUGACGACUGACCUGACAUUGAACAACAUGCGAGGCCCAAGCCCUCGCGAUAGUACUCUUUACGAUGUGUUUAUGUCAUUUGUGGGCUCUCUUGCUUUUCCCUUUGUGCGUCGGCGAUUCGAUAGAAUGACUGUUCAGUACGGCCGUGACAAGUCGCUACGAAAGUAG